AUGCUAUAAAACUGGGAAACUCGCUUCGGAUACUAGCAGUCAGUCUGUUGGGUGGGCUAUAAAGCGCACUGCCUACCGAGGACUGCUCACACCCCGUCGAAAUAAUGGUAAACAAAACAGAUGACUACUUUUAUCCUGGUCCCCAUAUUGAACACCUUAGAUCUAGUGCUGAAGAAGAGAUGCUUGGCGCAGGUCUAACUGGAGAGGACUUAGCCGCAGUCCCAGAACAUUGGCUCUCGUUUCCCGCACCCCCGGCCAGUGCGCACACUGCUCUCGCAUUACUGUACAUUUUCUUCACUGCAGCAGCACUGCUUGGAAACGGCCUCGUAAUCUUCAUAUUUUCAACGACGAAGAGUCUUCGAACAUCAAGCAAUCUUCUGAUCCUACAGCUAGCUAUACUGGACUUUAUAAUGAUGGCCAAGGCACCUAUAUUUAUCUACAAUAGCGCUAUGCGAGGUUUUGCUACCGGCGUAAUUGGAUGCCAAAUAUUUGCUGUUAUGGGUGCUUAUAGUGGCAUUGGUGCAGGAAUGACCAACGCUUGCAUAGCAUAUGACAGGCAUUCAACUAUAACACGACCCCUUGAUGGGCGGCUAUCACGUGGUAAAGCACUAUUGAUGAUAGCAAUAGUGUGGAUUUACGCUACGCCAUGGGCAUUAUUGCCGUUGUUCAAAAUUUGGGGAAGAUAUGUGCCCGAGGGAUACCUAACUUCCUGUAGCUUCGAUUAUUUGACGAACACUUUUGACACGAAACUAUUUGUGGCGUGCAUUUUCACUUGCAGUUAUGUUUUUCCUAUGUCCAUGAUUAUAUAUUUCUACAGUGGCAUUGUGAAGCAAGUAUUUGCACAUGAAGCAGCAUUAAGGGAGCAAGCUAAGAAGAUGAAUGUGGAAUCUCUCAGAGCAAACCAGAAUACUGGUGCUCAAUCAGCAGAAAUACGCAUAGCGAAAGCUGCGCUUACAGUAUGUUUUCUGUUCGUGGCAUCGUGGACGCCGUACGGUGUGAUGGCGCUUAUAGGGGCAUUUGGAAAUCAACAACUCCUCACACCUGGGGUUACAAUGAUUCCAGCUGUAGCAUGUAAAGCAGUAGCAUGUAUCGAUCCUUGGGUGUAUGCAAUAAGUCAUCCAAAAUAUAGACAAGAACUUCAACGGCGCAUGCCAUGGCUUCAAAUCGAUGAACCUGACGACACUGUCUCGACUGCAACGGCAAAUACUGUCAACAGUGCUCCAUCCGCUCCAACAGCCUAAACCGUAUAUAAGAAAGAAAAUACUGAAAAUACAAUAGCUAGGGAUUUUUCCUCAAAGCGGUAGACAUUUCAUUAAUCAGCUAUUGCUACAGACGCCGCUAUCAGUAAAAAUGGCAUUAGUAGAAAUGUAUUAACUGUCAAGAAAGGCAAGAAGUAAUAUAUGGUGUAUUUAAUGGAGUACCAAUCUUUGCUCCUUGUCCUGACUAUAUAAGUACACUGACUUAUAAUAAAAACAUACAAGUAAAUUUUGUAAGAGCAAGAAAUUUAUAACUAAUUAAGAUGUGAUAAUAUAACAAAACAAUGUUAUAUUCUUAUACGUUGCUAGCGGAAACGACGGUACCAAAUUACAACCAACGAGCUCAAAUGAGGUUCAUAUUUUAGGUAAUUUACAUAUCAACAUAGUUACUUUAGUUAAUAUCGAAUAAUACAGAUAUUUUAACAACGUCAACGGCAUUGCUAAUGGACUUUGAGUAAUAUAAGUAUUUUUAUGUAAUAUCAUAUUUUGCAU